AUGGAGGCUGCGAAUCCAGAGAUGCCUUCGCUCUCCCUUGGCUUCAGCCUGGAGUCGCCCCAGCAGCGCUGGCGGAAUGUCUUGGCACAGUCCAACAAGGAGAUGCUGCAGGAGCUGCUGUCCUCCGCGGCUAGUGCAGAGCCUGGGAGGUCGAUUGAGGAGAUUGCCUUCACCGUUGCUGACCGCAUUCUAGCCAGUGAGCCUGUGCAAAACCUGCUGGAGACCGAAAGCGCCUUGAGCCCGUUGGUAAAGCCCAUGCACACGGAGGACUUGCUUAAAGGCCCGCAGCUGGAAGACAUCCAGGUCACAGAAUGGAAUAUUUGGAGUGGCAAGGUCAAGGAUGCAAAGCAGGCGGAGGAAGAGCUAAGAAAAUCGUCCAAGUGUUCUCCUCACGGUGGUCGGAGCGUUGUGGACUUUGAGCUCCGAGAGUUGGAGCAUAAUGUGCCGGAGCAGGUAGGCUGCGCUUCCGAUGACGAGAGCUUUCGGAACAGGAUGCAUGCGGGCUUGGAGCUUCGCACAACGACCCAGCAGUACACGUGGAUGCGCUGGGAGGGCAAGCCCAGAGCCGUGCUGCUCGUGGCGAAACAAGGUGACCGCGAGGUGACUCGCAAGCUGAGAGACAUAGCCUCCUGGAUAGAUUCCCAAGGUGUUUACGUUGUCCUGGAGCCGGAGCUAUGGGAUGAAGUGCAGGGCAGGAGUCCCGGGCUGAAGCCAGAGCCUUCACCGCGCAAAGUCUGCUGGUGUGCUGGCCCCUGUGACUGCCGUAGACUCGUCAGUAAAGUGAAGCGGCAAGAGACGCCCACUGCCACUCCAAAGUGGCAGUGGGGCAGUCCUGAUGGGCUUCCGCCCGGCUUUGCCCAGCGCUGUCGCACUUGGACCCCUUACCAGGACAAGUUAGAGGAGCACAUUGACUUAGUGAUUUCGCUGGGAGGUGACGGAACUCUUUGUUGGACUUCGGGCCUGUUUGCCGGUGCAAUGCCGCCAGUUAUUGCUUUUGCUGCUGGAUCCCUGGGUUUUCUAACUCCUUUCCCGCUUUCCGACUGGAUGAGCGUGCUGAUGCCCAUUCUGGGCUCCAAGAGCGAGGUGGCACCGGCGCUGCAGCUGGUUUGCAGGAUGCGGUUCCAGAUGCGGCUGUCACGGCACGAGGAGGAUGAUGCAACGACAUCACCAGCCAUUCCUGUUCAAUCCAUGAAUGAGGUGUUAGUGCACAGAGGGGCCUCUCCCCACCUGGUCAAGCUCGAUGUGUGUGUAAACGACAAGAGCGUGACGAUGGUGCAAGGAGAUGGCCUCAUCAUCGCGACGCCCACUGGAAGUACGGCAUAUUCCCUAGCAGCGGGAGGGUCCAUGAUGCACCCUGCAGUGCCUGGCAUCAUCCUUACUCCUGUCUGUCCACAUUCCUUGUCCUUCCGACCAGUGGUGCUGCCCGACAGUGCCGUUGUCAAAGUGCGAGUGCCCACAAGCGCUCGGACCUCGCGUGUCAUGGUGGCCGUUGAUGGCAAGGAUCGCAUCGAGCUGAAGCGUGGCGACUCAAUAGAGGUUGCAGUUUCACCGUAUCCAUUGCCGACAAUCUGCAGAUCCUCCGUCACGAAGGACUGGUUCAGAUCUGUCAAUGAAGCGCUUCAGUGGAACCUGCGGCUAGAGCAGAAAGCAAUCAAUAAGAGCUGA